ACAAAAAAAAAAAUAACACAAGAACAAAACGUAAUUUGUAGGUAACAGAAAAAAAGAAAGGAAAAUUAAGUGAAGUGAAGGACCGUUCAAUCGACCAGUAUUUAGAUCAAACUCUUGAAGAAUUUAUUUAGCAUAACAAUAUCUACAUUAUAUUAUUAAAUGGCACUAAUAAAAGAAACUUUACCUAAUUAUUUAUCAAAUUUGCCUAUUCCCGAUAGCUUUGGGGGAUGGUUUAAAUUAUCUAUCACUGACUGGUUGCAACUGAUCCCUCCUACUGCCGUUGUUGCUGGAAUUGGUUAUAUGUCAUAUUUAGCUUUUUGUCCAAAAGCAAGACCACAAUGUAAACCAGGUACAUGCAAUCAAAAAAUUAAGAAAAGUGUUGAUAAAGUCGUCGAUAUGGUCGAUAUAGAAGAUAUAUCUGAAAAAGCUGCUUUUUGCCGUUGUUGGAAAACCAAAAAUUGGCCAUAUUGUGAUGGAAGUCAUACUGAACACAAUAAAAAUACUGGGGAUAACGUUGGACCACUUGUAGUUAAAAGAAAAGGAACGUAAUUUGGCUCGAAUUUCAAUAAUGCAGUCCCGCUAUUUGGCAAGGAAAAAAUAUCAUUUACUUGAAAGCAUUUUAUUUUUAUAGUAAAAGUACUAGUUUCCAGUAUAAAAACAAAUUAAUAUUUGAAGCUAAGCUUGUAUUAAAAAGUGUAGUAACAAUAAUUGUUCUCAUAAUUUCAAUCUUAUUUACUACGCUUUACCUUCUCGUUUUGGAAAUAUUGGUUGAAAAUAAAAUUUGGGUUUAUAAAAAAAUAUAA